AUGGUCAGAACUCUCAAUGGCGUACUAGCCUCUAUACCACUUGUUGUCGGGGCCAAGCACUUCCGAGGUAGCGGCGACUUUCGCGUAGCAGCCCUAUACCUUGCGGAGGCCGCUGACUGGGUCAAUGCCCAGGUUCCCACAGGACAGGACGAAGUUUCUGCCUGUAUUUAUGACGAGAAGAUGUCGUCCGAAAUUUUUCAACACUGCAACUCAUACCUGCGCCAAAAACUGUGCCCAUCCCUUGUGAUGCACAAUGCUGCUCGUGUCUGCAAGCGGUGCAAGAGGAAACUCGCGGCUGACACUGGCUCUGGCGACGACACUUGUGAGACUUUGAUGAAGUCCUCCCUCCGCAGAAACCACGACAGGGAGUGCAAGGUACCUGGCGAGGACCAUCAAUCUGGAGCUGAAAAGAGCAGACUGAACGACAUGGUCGAAGGAAUCAGUGAUCACUACUUGGAGAGUAACGCUUGGACCGACGACUACGCUGCCGAGAUCUCUCGACAGAUGCGCGACAACGAAGUUCAAAUGCAUCGCGACUCAUUCAUUCCUUCCGUGGAUGCCACAGAGCCUUGUGGCAUGAGCCAUGAUGGCACCAUGAGGGUCCAUACUGCCAUGAAUGUUGCCAUGUCGACUCCAGGCUUUAAUUAUCUGAAGCAGCGCCAGCUUCUCGGCUUCCUCGUCGAACUUGGCAAUUACAAUCCCCUGGCGACCCACAGCAAGCUCGAGAAGCUGGACCUCGAAAAGAUCUGCAACGAUCUAUACAUUAUCACCUCCAAGACUCCCUUUAUCAAGAAUGCAUGUCUUGAAGGCAGAGACCCAGACGAUCUCGAGGCCGAUCAGGCCGAUUGGCGCGCCGGAAUUCCUGUUCCGGGUGAGGAUGGACCUUGGAACUUCCUACUGUGGCGCUUGCUUCCCUAUAAAUGUGGAUCGCACAGUUCUGACUGGGAUGGCGAGACCAUCAAACGCCUUUCCGAUGUUUUCCGCGAGAUAGAGACUAAAUUUGGCAUCCGUCUGCAGAAGGGGCCCGAUGGUCCUCCUCAGAUCCGCGAGGAGAACUCGGAAUUCUCAGACAUGCCUCGCGACUGGAGCUGGGCAUGCCGGUCGAUAUUCAUGUACACGCGCUUACAGAGAAUGCGCACUGUCUGCAACCGCCAUGAAAUCAACGACCCCAACUAUCGCGAGUACUUGGGCCUGCCCCGUGUGCUCUGGAUCCGUCACCUCUUGUGUGUUUCUGAGAAGGAGAACAACAUCUUGUUUGGAACCUGGACAUCAAACGUCGGCAAGUCUAACAUGGACAAGGCUGCAGGUGGGGUUCUUUGUAAGGACGUUGUGAAUCUGAAGCUUGCAACAGUAUGCUGUGGCCGUACCACAGAGUGA